UCGGAGUCCAGCUGCAGAGAAUCGUGUAGCUAUUGAACUGUUUGGGAAUUAACCUGUCACAUCGCGCGGCCCGCACUUGCACGACCUUCCUCUGACCCACCCGCAGUUCCUUUUCUUUCAAUUUGGAAAGUGACAUACCCGGGUUCGUUGUGGCGGACUUGUUUUUCCAUUCUUUGUUUCGGCUCUUCGUCCAAACUACGGCCCAGCAAUUUGUCCAGCCAAACGCUUAUCGAGCGCGGCGGGUUCUCUGCUCUCGUUGAUACAGGUGGCUCGGAUCACAACUGCUGUGUUGGGCCUUUAAACCACAACCGCACAUCGGAAAAUAUCCAUAUAAACGGCUGGCGGGCUGGUUUGGAUUCGUUGGCUGAAUAUCCUAUACUUCGAAAAUUUUCUUGUUUACGAUUGAUUUUACGACCGGCAUGAUUCAGUGACUUGCUCUCUGGAUAUUAUUUGACGACUCAAGUUCGGACGCACACCUACCUUUUGUACUGAUUUUAAGCAUCUCCCUCUCUUUUCGAUUUUAGAAGUCUGCCUGGACACAACCACCCUGAUGCAGUCUCUACGCCCUGUCGAACCAUUCCCCUUUACGGCUUUCCGACAGGUCUACGGAUCUGGCUCUGAUCCUUUAAGGUUCUCAUUACAUCGAAGCGGCCCGGAAUCGUGCGCCUACAGCAGCUGUCCUGCUCCAUAUCCCUCUCCGCCUAUGUCCGGCUCUCCGUCUCCUCAGGACCAGUUGCAUUCGUUUCAGGGAGAAAAGCGCAAGCGCUCGAAUUCCCCUGCGCCGCAUGGCUCACAACAAGUAUCUGAGCAACCCGCUACAUAUGGAGGUUAUCCUCCGAAAGAUCGCAGUACGAGCGGCUCUAUUAGCGAGACUCGGCAGUCUACAGUCGGCCAGCCGAACGGUUCAAUGAUAUCUCUCUCAGCAACAGCUGAACAGCCACACAUACUCCCUGCUCUGGGUUCAGCAGCGCCAGUUCCACCUCGAACGACGGCGUUACCUCCGAGAUCAACUCGCCGUGCUAAAGCACAUGUAGCUUCCGCAUGUGUAAACUGCAAGCGCAAGCAUCUAGGCUGUGAUUCUGCACGGCCUUGUCGAAGAUGUGUAGUAGCUGGCAAAGAGUCGUCUUGCGUCGAUGUAACACACAAACGAAGGGGACGACCGCCUUUGAAGGCCGAGGAAGGUCCUAUACGAACCUACGAGUCAGCGUUCGGCCAGUCUGGAACACUGCGCCUUUCUCAUCAACAGCCGGCUCAUCAUCAGCGGAUGCCUUCCUCGAGAAAAAUUCGUCCAAACACAGAAUGUCGUUCUGCCCCUGCAGUCGAAGCUGGACGAGACCAGAAGCUAAGAUUAAGUCCUCCAAUUCCCGCGAACACAUCGUCAUGGGGACCCUCGAUGCUGCCUUCCCCAUCGUCAACAUUACCGCCGUCGUCUCCUCUAAGCAGUGUACCAUUGCAACGACCUUUGUCGAGCGGAAACCCAUCGCGGUCAGAUAGGCACGGUUCCAUCCCUAGCCCAAGCCUUCCACCGCCCGUUCCACCUCAGUCCCUGAACGAUCUUGCGCAUCGUCCUCCUUUUUCUCGAGAUCGGCUACCACCACCCCGCUCACCUCACCAGUACAAACAGGGCUCAGCUGCACCGCCAUUCUCCUCUAUUUCAGGGCCAACGACACAUCCAGUACAUUCACCAAUCCGACUGCCGCCGAUACCCCCGCCACUUCCCAAACUGAAGGUUGAUUUUUCCAUUGAUAGUCAACAAACUGGAAGCAACACCUCAUCCCCCUGGUCGGCGAGGACAGAGCUUCCGCGCGUAGCAGAUAGGGUGAUUGACCCUGCUAGCAACCCAAUUUCGCCUUUGACACAGGAUGAAUCCGGAUUGAUUGAGCGGAGGUGGAGCCACGAACAUUCUCUUAUAUCAUCUUCGUACUCCCUCCCUCCUAUCCGGCAACCCGAUUCGUCGUCCCAACGGCAAAGGUGUUUCAGCGCUUCGGCAAUGAUUACGUCAGGACAUCGGGAUAUAUUGAACUCCCCAACGGUGAGCGAAGGUGCGAGUGUGGACAUCCAGCCAGUGAAGCGUAGGAAGAUGGAGCUUGGGGAAAUGGUGAAUAAUUAAUAUUUUGUUGUUUCCUUUGAUAAUGAUGCAAAGACAUCUUCUUUAUCAGUUUCUAGUUGAGAUACCACAAGUCAUCUGCGUGGGGGUUCUAUUUCAUUAGUCGCUAUGAAUGGAUAAGUUUGAUGGAACAGUGAAAUUGUCAGUCAAUAUAAUAAUAAGUUGGUUUUGGAAGAAUCUGAAGAAACUUAUGUAUUGAAUGCGCGCUUCAUUAGAGUUUCUUUGCAUAUCCAUGUUCCUAUUCAUUUAAACAUGUCUUUGUUGGACAUGGUUUCAAUG